CUAUUGUGUGGUGAAAUCACUUGUAAUUACAAUUCUUGGUGUUGAUGUUUAGAUUUCGCGAAUUAGAUUACAAAUUUCUCUUUCUGUAAUUGACGAGAAUUGUUAUUGUGUGUAGUACUUCAACAUUUUCACGUCAUCAAGCUACAUUUAGCUUAGAAUCGAAAUGGGGGCUGCUUUAGCUCUCUGUUCAGCAACACAGUGUGCAGCUUGCUGUGGGAGUGCAGCUUGCUCCAUGUGUUGUGCGGCAUGUCCAUCCUGUCGAAAUUCCACUUCAUCACGUUUGAUGUAUGCUUUUAUGCUGCUGCUGGGUACAGUGGUAUCUUGCAUCAUGUUAUCUCCCGGACUCCAAGAUCUACUAGAGAAGAUACCGUUUUGUAAGGACUCUGUAAAGGAGUCAGUGUUUGACUCAGUGACGAACAAAUUUUCCUUCAAUUGUCAGGAUACAUUUGUAGGAUACUUGGCAGUUUAUCGUCUAAGCUUUGCUCUUUGUGUGUUCUUUUUAUUCAUGGCAUUAAUCAUGGUUGGAGUGAGAAGUUCAAGAGAUCCACGAGCUGGAAUACAGAAUGGGUUCUGGGGGCUGAAAUUCCUCAUAGUUAUAGGAAUAGCUAUCGGUUCAUUUUUCAUCCCACAAGGUACCUUCUUUGGGUCGGUUUGGAUGUACUUUGGUAUGAUAGGAGGAUUCAUGUUUAUAUUGAUUCAGCUAAUCCUGAUUGUUGAUUUUGCUCAUACGUGGGCCGAAUCGUGGGUAGAGAAAUACGAAGAAAAUGAGAGCAGGGGCUGGUAUGCUGCACUCGUAGGGGCCACAUUAACAAUGUAUGGUUUAGUGAUUGCUGGAGUAGUUUUGCUAUUUAUUUUCUUUUCCAAGUCUGGAGAUUGUGGAUUGAACAAAUUUUUCAUUUCAUUCAACUUGAUCCUAUGUGUGGUUAUCAGCGUUAUCUCGAUUAUGCCAUCUGUCCAAGAAAAAUUGCCUAGGUCAGGACUUCUACAAUCAGCUAUUGUGUCCUUGUAUGUUAUUUAUUUGACCUGGUCUGCCCUGUCUAACUCUCCAGAUACAGAAUGUAACCCUGGUAUUUUAAACAUUGUUACUGGAGGGAAAAAGAAUACAGGAUCUUUUGACACUGAAAGUAUAAUUGGUUUGGCUAUUUGGACAUGUUGUGUAUUAUAUUCAUCACUCAGAACUGCAAGUAACUCUUCUAAGAUUACUGGCUCUGACAAUAUUUUGGUUAAAGAUACAGGAGAUAGUGGCUAUAACCCUAUCAUAGGUAAUACUGAUCAUAAUGACGAGGAAAAAGGAAAUAACAAAGUGUGGGACAACGAGGAGGAAGGAACUGCUUAUUCUUGGAGCUUUUUCCAUGUUAUGUUUGCAUUGGCCACCUUAUAUGUGAUGAUGACUCUGACAAAUUGGUAUAGCCCCAACUCUUCUCUGAAAACUUUGCAUGCCAAUUAUGCUUCGAUGUGGGUGAAAAUUACAUCAAGUUGGCUCUGUAUAGCACUGUAUGGUUGGAGUUUAUUGGCACCUUUAAUUCUUAGUGAUCGUGAGUUUUAAAAGUGAAAUAAUUGUAUGUGUAAUCACUGAAUAUUAAAUUUCUAUUCAUCAGCUUUAAAUUCAUAUUUUGUAUUCUACAGAAAAAAUGCUUUGAAUAAAUAUGUAUAUAUCUAAGAACUGAAUGUGUAGUUUUAUAGUAAUUUUUGUUUUGUGAUCAAGGUUGGUAAUAACUUUAGGAUAAUAUCCAAUAAAACACUAACAGAAAAA